GGCUGCUCCCUUUCUCUCCUCCUCGCUGUGCCGCCACCCGUCCCGCUGCUCCCCAGUCCGCCGUUGCCGCCCCAGUCCUCCCCGGCGCAGGACGGCUCAACGGAGAGAGGGUGCUCCUCCUUUCCGGCGCCCUGCACCACCACCGGCGAGGGACCUCUUCAUCUCGACCAGCCGCGGCGUCCUCUCAGUCCUCGCUAGCGCAGGAGGCCGUCGGUCCGGGCCGCCGCCGCCGCUAGAUCAAAAAAAAAUUUUCCUUCGAGAAAUUGCGUUUUUUUUUUCUUUUUGGGGAUUACGUGUAUGGGCCUCGUGGGUUCACUGGGCCUGGCCGUUUUCUUAUUGACCUAUUGGGCCUCCUGCCUCCUCAGCACUUAGAACCCAAGCCCAACUGCCCAACACGUGGCCCUAGGCAUCGCUCCGGCCAGAAGCGCGCCGGCGCCGCCAACCCUGUUGCUCUCCUCCUUUCUCUCGCUGCCCAGACUCCACCUCCGCUCUCGGCGCUUGUCUGCCACCGCCCUCCAGCGGCGAAGCUCCGUUCUCCGCGCGACUCAGCGCCCCUCGCACACCGGCGGCGACAACUCCAAGUUCGAGCAUGGAGGAGGAGGAUAGCAACGCGCUGAUUUUGCCCUGCAAGAGGAAGAACAAAGCGCAUGGGAAAGGCAAGGAUGGUAAGAAGAACAAGAGCAAGGAAGACCCCAAGAUGAGCAAGACUCAGCUAAAAAAGCUGCAGAAAUUGGAGGAGGAAAAGCAAAAGAAGCUACUGCAAGCUCAAAGCAUCGAGAUUUUGCGGAAGCACAGGAUUGCUGAUGAUGCAUAUGCGCUGCUGCAAACUUCAGGGUCUAUUGGUCAAGCCGAGACUAUGAAAGAAAAACGUAGGCGUGCUGUGCAGUUCUCCAAAGCUGGUUUAGAUGUUCCUGAAGAACUUUCACUCUUCAAGAAAAACUGUCGUCAGAAAGAAGUUCCUGAAACCAGUGAAGCUGCGCUGGAAGCUUGCCCAAUGAAGUUUGCUGAUGCAGAAAAAAUCAAUCAUCCUGGUAGUGAACUUAAGAAUCACGAUAAUGGUCCAGUGAAACCUAUGAAACAUCAACCAAUGAUGGACGCUGGAGUGAGCAUUCCGGAACAAAAAACUGAAGAGACUGAUGAUGAUGACAUUUUGGCACACCAGACAAUUCAGUCAUCUGUUCCAAGUUGCUCUGAUGCAGAGACAGAUUUGCAGGUUAAAGAAUCAGGACAAGGCAAAGCUGCUGUUCAAGAGUGCUUCAAUCCUCCGAUUGUAGUGCCUGUGUCAAGACCACAUGAGGUUGAGGAGGCGAGGAGGGAUCUCCCAAUAAUAAUGAUGGAGCAGGAAAUAAUGGAAGCCAUCUACGAAAAUUCUGUGGUAAUUCUUUGUGGAGAAACAGGCUGUGGUAAAACUACUCAGGUCCCUCAGUUUCUAUAUGAAGCCGGCUUUGGCACAAGCGAUCGAGCUGACAGAAAAGGGAUAAUCGGUAUCACCCAACCACGGCGUGUUGCCGUUCUGGCCACAUCUAAGAGGGUGUCUUAUGAGUUAGGACUUAAGCUAGGAAAGGAAGUUGGCUUCCAAGUUAGGCAUGAUAAAAUGGUAGGGAGUAAAUGUUCCAUCAAGUUCAUGACAGAUGGCAUUUUACUGCGAGAGGUCCAGAGCGACUUUCUGUUGAAGCGCUAUUCAGUGAUCAUCUUGGAUGAAGCACAUGAAAGAAGUUUGAACACAGAUAUACUUAUUGGGAUGCUAUCUAGAAUUGUAAAGAUUCGCAAGACUAUGUAUGCAGAACAACAGGAAAAAAUACGCUCUGGGCUGAAAAUUAAUCCAGAAAGUAUCAUUUGUCAGUUGAAAGUGGUUCUGAUGAGUGCUACCUUGCAGUUAAAGGACUUUAUUUCAAACAGAAGAUUGUUUGAUGUGAUUCCGCCAGCUGUAGAGGUGCCUGUAAGGCAAUUUCCAGUAACCGUUCACUUUGCAAAGAGGACACAUGAGGAUUAUUUAGGGCAAGCUUAUAAAAAGGUUAUGUCAAUCCACAAGACUCUACCACAAGGUGGAAUCCUUGUAUUUGUUACUGGACAACGAGAAGUGGACGAUUUAUGUAAGAAACUGCAAAGAGCAUCCAAGCGGCUAACUGAUAGGAAACCUGAAAGGGUUGGUAAUAAGAAUGAUUCAAGACCAGAAAUAGAGGAUAAGGAGAUUUUUGAGGCAUAUGAUAUUGAUAGAAAUGAACCUGAGCACCAAGACGACAUGUUUUUUUCGUAUGGUGAAGACGAGACCAAUGCUGGGCUGAAUGUCGAUUCUUCUGACGGAGAAACAGAGAGUGAGAUGGAUACUGACAGUGAUGAUGAGGAUUCUGCCGCACAUGAAACCACGGAAGAGGAUGGACCGGUAUUAUCCUUUCUUAAAGGUGCUGAGUGUUCAUCUGUAUUGAAGGCAUCAUUUAAAGCGAUAUCAGGAAUGUCAGGAGAACCAGCAAGUGUUGACGAAUCGAGCAAUGCUACAAUUGCAGAAAAGUCAACUCCUUAUGUUCCUUGUUUAAGUAAAUGUACAGAACCUGCAUCUGUUUCACGUGCUAGGCUUCAUGUUUUACCACUUUAUGCAAUGCUACCAGCUUCGCAGCAGCUUCGAGUUUUUCGCGAUAUUCCUGAAGGGGAAAGAUUAGUUGUUGUGGCAACUAAUGUUGCAGAAACCUCUUUAACAAUUCCUGGCAUAAAAUAUGUAGUCGACACUGGAAAAGAAAAGGUUAAGAACUAUGAUCAUGCUACCGGGAUGGCAAGUUAUGAAGUCCAGUGGAUAAGCAAGGCAUCAGCAUCCCAACGCGCUGGGAGAGCUGGAAGAACUGGCCCUGGGCAUUGUUACCGUCUCUACUCAGGUGCAGCAUACGGUAAAGAUGAUUUAUUUCCUGAAUUCUCUGAGCCAGAGAUCAAGAAAAUGCCAGUUGAGGGCAUUGUGCUUAUGCUCAAGUUUAUGUCUAUCGAUAAGGUUGCAAACUUCCCGUUCCCUACACCUCCUAACAAGGAAAGUUUGGUUGAAGCUGAACGUUGCUUAAAUACAUUGGAAGCACUUGACAGCCAGGGGAGACUUACAUCAAUGGGAAAGGCUAUGGCACAAUACCCCAUGAGCCCACGACAUUCUCGUCUUCUUCUGACAAUAAUUAAAAUUUUGAAGAGUCGGCAAGGCUGUGCCAGAUCUAACUUCAUAUUGGGAUAUGCAAUUGCUGCUGCGUCAGCUUUGAGUUUUACCAAUCCUUUGCUCAUUCGGGGCGACGCUAGUAGAGAAUCAAAAGAAGACUACCCUGAGCCAGAACACAAGGAUCGAGAUGAAAGGAAGUUACAGAAGAAGCUCAGAGCCGUGGUUCGAAAGGAGCGGGAAAGAUUUUCCAUCAGUAGCAGUGAUGCUUUAACCAUUUCCCAUGCCUUGCGCUUAUUUGAGUCAUCAGAAAACCCAGCGGCAUUCUGCAGAGUCCACUCACUUCAUCUCAAAACAAUGGAAGAGAUGUCGAAAUUGAGAAAGCAGCUUCUUCGAUUAAUUGUUAACCAUAGCAAAGUUUGUGAGGAAUUUGCUUGGAAUUUUGGUGGUUCUGAGGAUGUUGAGCAGGCCUGGAGGACGGAAUCCGACAAAAAACCAAUGCUGAACGAGGAGGAACUUUUAGGGCAAGGAAUAUGUGCUGGGUGGGCCGACAGGGUUGCAAAGAAGAUUCAGACCUUUGCUGGAUUGUCAAAAGAAGAUCGAAAGGUUCGAGCUACCCGCUAUCAAUCUUGCGCCCUCAAUGAUACAAUAUAUCUCCACCGAUCAUCUUCUGUUGCGCAAAUUCCACCAGAGUUUGUAGUUUACUCUGAACUACUUAAUACAAAGCGAUCAUACAUGCAUGGUGUGACCAGUGUAAAGCCAGGGUGGAUUUUGAAGUAUGCUAGCUCUCUCUGCACCUUCUCAGCACCAUUGGAGGACCCAAAACCCUAUUACGAGCCUCAAAAUGACCAGGUCUACUGUUAUGUUAGUCCCAUCUUUUCUCGGCAUAAUUGGCAGCUUCCAUUGCACAGUUUACCCAUCAAAGACGCAACCAGCCGGUUGCAGGUAUUUGCAUGGGCUUUGCUGAAAGGGGAUGUCUUGCCAUGUCUAAGGGUGGUCCAGAAGCUCCUAGCUAUGUCGCCAUCUGCUGUCCUGGGGCCUCCCAGCCAAAGAAGAGUCGGAGAUCUUCUUAGCAGGCUGAAGAUUGGUCGAAAAUUAAUAGACAGCCGGGCAGCGUUAAGAGAGGCAUGGAAGAUUGAUCCAGAUUUUCUUUAUCCUGAGAUCCAGGCGUGGAUCCAGGAGAAAUAUCAGAGCCAGUUUGGAGCGAUAUGGGAACAAAUGCACCAAGAGGUUCUUCUCCAAGGGCGCGAACUUUUCCCAAAGAGGUUCAAGAAAGUCGAAGGGUAGUCAGUUCAAGCAGAUGUUGCGAUUGCUUCACUGGCAGAAGCUCAUCUGUGGUGGAACACAGCUUUCAUGAGGUAACCUACGCAAGUUACUCAUCUAGCAUUGACCUCUACUUGUGUGCUGAAAUAAACACAGUAUAAAGUAACGGAUCAACAAUUGUAAUGUGAUAAACAGGAAGGCUGAGAUAGCUGCAGCAAACAAGCAGCACAGGUUGCAGCAGGUAUUUUUGAGGAAGAUCACUGCGGACAUUUGACUGAGGGUUAAGUUUGCAUCAGAUUGAUUGUCAUGUAUUUUUUUUUCCUUUUUAAGGUUGUUUGCCGGUCUAACAUAGAAGUAAUAUAUAGUGGCAGCAUCAACGACCGAAUGUAAUCUUAAUAGCUAAAAAUACAAGUGGCACGAAGGCUUGUGAGUUAGCAUGAGUGUGACAUUCGUUGGCUGUGGGCUGUGGCUUUUCUCUAUUUUGUAUGCCAGAAACUAUUGUCUGCAAUAUCCUUUGCAACUUGUAAUGA